AUGAAUACUUCACAAUCUAUGUCAAUAGGAUUACUUCUCGUCGUACUUCUAACUACACCAUGCUGUGGCGCAUUUUCUAACGAAACGAACAGCAAUGUAACAACUAACACUAAUAUGACUUACUCACCAACAAUGGUAACCAGUCCAGUGGCCAUCUUUAACAUCUCUACUAAUGCAACAGUAACACAACAAAUUACAACUGCCCAAAUAACGACUGGUCAAACCGAAGUGAACAGUUCAACUGCAGCUCCAACUGUUCAAACGAGCAUGGUAACAAACUAUACUACAAUCUCUCCCAAUACAACAACAUCAACAAUGAAUACUACAACUUCGACAACAACAAAACUAACGACAACGACCAGCAAGCCAUCCGGUCGCAAAUUCGACGGUCUCUCGUUCGUUGGUGGAAUGAUACUCGCAACAGGCUUGAGUGCACUGAUCUAUCUCGUUGUAAGUUAUUUACGCCGAAAUAAUCAAUUGCCAUAUUCAAAUUUACAUUAA